AUGAAGGGAGGACGUUAUGGAGGAUAUCGUAAAAAGCGCGUAGACUGUCGUCGCAAGUUGGCCUUUGCCGUCAACUACAUGACGUUCAAUGCCAAGCUGAUGAUAGGCGCGCGGCAGCGCCAAGGCGGUCUAAGCGACCAAUACGUGACCUCUGAGCUGUGCGCCUUGUCGCAUUCUAGUCAAUCUGCACCUACAACACUUCCUCUACUUCUCCAUUUCCUCGUUUCUUCAACAUCUAAGCAUGGCCAAUGUCGACAGGCUUCAACAAAUGCCGGCACCGUCGGUGGCUCUAAGCCUCUAUAUGUUCUUAGCAAAGAGCAACGAGAGUUCAUGAACAGUGCUUUGCGAGUGAAUCAAGCUGGUGAACUUGCCGCGACACUGAUCUACAAAGCGCAAACGCCUCAGAUCGUCCGCUCACACCCGCACCUCCGACCCUUGAUGAAACACAUGUACGACCAGGAAGCAGGGCACCUCAAGACCUUCAAUCAUCUCAUUACCAAACAUCGUAUCCGCCCGACCGCUAUGUAUCCGGCAUGGGAGAUAGCUGCCACAUUUUUGGGUUGGUCCACUGCGGCAUUGGGUCGCGAAGCUGCAAUGGCGUGUACGGAAGCUGUAGAGACUGAAAUUGGAUCACACUACAACGACCAAGUAAGAGAGAUCCUGUCUUGGGAGGCAGAUGCCGAGAGGUGGGGAGAGGAGUUGGAUGAGGAACUCAAGGAAAUGCUGGCCACACUGCGGCGAAUUCGUGACGAGGAACUAGAGCAUCUCGAUCAUGCCGUGGCCAACGACUCGAAGGAGGCGAAGCCUUACGAUCCGCUCGUUGAUAUCAUUCGCUUGGGAUGCAGAACCGCCAUCAAGAUCAGUGAGAAGAUUUAA